UUAGAAAUUAUUAAUAUUGCAUAUAUAGAAACUGCUAGAAAUUUUUUAAAUUCUUAAAAUUUAUAUCUAAAUUCCUAAAAUCUAUAUUAUUAUAUAUUGAUAUAUUGCUAUCAUUUUUGUUAUAAGUGAAUCAUGUAUCUAAUGGAAAAAAUGUCAAUUUUACAAUGCAGUAGAAUAAUUUCACAUAUAAAUAAUUUACAUACUUCGAAGAUCACAACUGGCAGAUUCAACAAAAUUUUAAUUGCAAACAGAGGAGAGAUUGCAUGUCGUGUAAUAAAAACUGCUAAAAGAUUGGGAAUACAGACUGUAGCAGUAUAUAGUGAUGUGGACAAAGAUUCUUUACAUGUUGAACAAGCAGAUGAAGCAUAUUAUAUUGGUCCUGCACCUCCAAGUCAAAGUUAUUUAAGACAGGACAAAAUUAUAUCUAUAGCAAAGAAAUCAAAAUGUCAAGCAAUACAUCCUGGAUAUGGAUUUCUUUCAGAAAAUGCAGAAUUUGCAGAAAUUUGUCAGAAAGAAAAUAUUAUAUUUAUUGGUCCUCCAGCAAAUGCAAUUAAAAAUAUGGGAAUUAAAAGUACUUCAAAGAAUAUAAUGAUAAAAGCUGGAAUUCCUGUUAUAGCAGGAUAUCAUGGAAAAGACCAAUCUAAUGAAAUUUUACUAUUGAAAGCAAAAAAGAUAGGUUUUCCUUUAAUGAUAAAGGCUAUAUGUGGUGGAGGAGGCAAAGGAAUGAGAAUAGUUUUGAAAGAAUCAGAGUUUAUUGAAGCUUUAGAAUGUGCAAAGACUGAAUGUAAAAACGCAUUUAAUGAUUCAGACAUUUUACUUGAACAAUAUAUCAAUAAUCCAAGACAUAUCGAAAUACAAGUUUUUGCAGAUAAAUAUGGAAAUAUUGUUCAUUUGUUUGAAAGAGAUUGUUCUAUUCAAAGAAGAUAUCAAAAAAUUAUUGAAGAAGCACCUGCACCUGGAAUUUCAGCAAAUAUAAGAUCAAAUUUAGGCACAACAGCAAUUCAAGUGGCAAAAACUGUGGGAUAUAUUGGUGCCGGCACUGUCGAAUUUAUAAUGGAUUGUAAUACAAAUAAUUUUUUCAUGGAAAUGAAUACACGUCUUCAAGUAGAACAUCCUAUUACAGAAUUAAUCACAGGAUUGGAUUUAGUUGAAUGGCAGUUGCGAAUAGCAGCAGGAGAAGAACUUCCAUUAAAACAAGCACAAAUUAAUUUUAAGGGACAUGCUUUUGAAGCAAGAAUUUAUGCUGAGAAUCCAAGAGAGAAUUUUCUACCAGGAGCAGGAAAAUUAUCUUAUAUGAGAAUUCCGGAUAUUAGAAAUAAAGCAAUUAGAGUAGAAACUGGAGUUCGUGAGAAAGAUCAAAUAUCUGUGCAUUAUGAUCCAUUAAUUGCAAAAUUGGUUGUUUGGGGAAGAGAUAGAGAAGAAGCUUUAAAUAUACUUAAAUCAAAGUUAAAUAAUUUUAAUAUAGCAGGAAUCGACACUAAUAUAGAAUUUAUUAAAAACUUAUGUUCUCAUUCAAAUUUUCUACAAGGGGAAGUACACACAGGCUUUAUAGAAGAACAUUAUCAAAAAUUAUUUCAAAAAUUACAAAUGCCAGCUCAUAUUGCAGCUCAGGCUGCUCUUGCCUUGAUACUUUACGAAGAUAGGCAUUCUUUACAAUCAUCUUUUACAACUACCGACCCUUUCAGCCCUUUUGCAACUGAAAUUGGUUUAAGAUUAAAUCAUACUUUAAUGCGAACUUUUUGUUUUAAAGUUUACGAUGAUGAUAUCAAAGUUGAAGUAAAAUACAUUGAACCUGAGAUUUAUUCUAUGAGAAUUAAUCAAAUUGGUCCUUGGAGAAGAGUAACUGGUUUCUUAAAGAAAAAAGAAAAUUCAUUGGAAUUAUGUACCGAAAUUGAUGAAACAAUUACCAAAGCAAGAAUAAUCAAAAUCCAUGACAAAUUAUAUUUAUUUACAAAAGAUCGUGAAUGGCAAUUUAAUAUAUUUCCUACAAAAUUUCUUCACAAUAUUACAAAUAAUCAAAUUGAAUUAAAUCCAUACAGAGCUUUAAGUCCUAUACCAGGUUUUAUAGAAAAGUUAUGUGUUGAAAAAGGAGAUAUUGUAAAAAUUGGAGACGCUUUACUUGUGAUUAAUGCCAUGAAGAUGGAACAUAUUGUCAGAGCAUCCACAAAUGGAAUUGUUGAAAAUAUACUAUGUUCAAUAGGUGAUAAUGUACCAAAAGAUAAACUUCUUGUUAAACUAACUAAAUCUAUAUCUUAAACUAAUGUAUAUAUUAAUAUUUAUAUCUAUAUCUUAAUUAAUUACAAUUUCAUCUUUUUUUUGUAAAUUCAUAAUCAAGUAGUUUUAUUUUCAGAAAUUUAUAAUAUAUAGUAAAUUUAUACUAAAUAAAUAACUUUUUGUAAAAAAUAAAAAUAAAAAUCUUUCAUAAAAAAAAA